AUGUAUAAAAAUUACUCUGAAGAAAUGUUGAUGCUUGCAUGUGAAUCUGUUCAAUCAGGUCAAAUUUCAUCAAGAGAUGCUCAAAGACAGUUUGGAAUCUCAAGGCGGACUAUAGUUAAUAAAAUAAAACGAGUUCACAUGAAGUCUGUCGGACAUCCUACUGCUCUAUCAACUAAAGAAGAGGAUCAAAUUGUUAAGGUUUUACAAGCUUCUAGCGAUUUUGGCUCCCCGCUUACAAAACUUGAUCUAAAGCUAUUGGUUUACGAAUAUCUCGAAAAAAACUCAAGAGAUCAUAUUUUUAAGAAUAAGAUUCCCGGUGAUGCUUGGGUACAAAGCUUUUUGGCAAGGCAUGCUGAUGAAUUGACCUUACGAACUACCCAAAAUAUUUCAAAGGCGAGAGCUGAAAGGGGAGCUCAAGACAUACUCAACUAUUUUAAUAACUUAACUUCAACAUUAAAAAACAUACCAGCAGAAAAUAUCGUAAAUUUCGAUGAGACCAAUCUUUCCGACGACCCUGGCUCUUCUAAGAGCAUUUUUAGAAGGGGAGUAAAAUAUCCAGAGAGAAUAGUUAAUUCCACCAAAGGAAACAUAUCCCUUAUGUUUACGGCUACCGCAGAUGGUAGGUGCCUUCCUUUAUAUGUUGUUUACAAAGCAACAAAUUUAUAUUCAGAAUGGGUUAAUGGAGGACCACCGGAAACCAGAUACAAUUGUACUAAGUCAGGUUGGUUUGACAGCGCCAUGUUUGAGAAUUACUUUGAAACAAUAAUUCUUCCAUGGGCAAAUGAAAUGGUCGGGACAAAAGUUGUCCUUUGCGAUAACCUAUCUAGCCAUUUGAGUUUCAAAGUAGUAGAGUCAUGCGAGCAACAUGACAUUAAGUUUGUAUUCAUCCCUCCGAGAUCUACACGUCUCACGCAACCACUAGAUGUUGCAUUUUUUGCGCCUUUGAAAAGAUGCUGGCGUAAAAUUUUGUACCAAUACAAGCUCAAGAAUCCAACCCAAGCCACAUUAAACAAAAAACAUUUUCCGAAAUUGCUUAAUGAAUUAACAGAAGCAAUUAAAAUAACAGAAAAAAAGAACAUAAUAAGUGGCUUUAGGGCAUCGGGAAUAUUUCCCCUGAAUCCACAGGAAGUCCUUAAGAAGAUUCCAGAAAUACAAGGGGAAAUACUAUCCUGUGGAAUCGAUAAAGUACUGGUAGAUUAUUUGUUAGAAACCAGAGCUCAAAAGCCUAUGCAAGUACAGAGGAGUAGAAAAAUUGAUUGCGAGCCUGGCAAAUCAGUAAGCAUUUCUGAUUUAAAUGUGGAUACUUGCAAUAAAAAAACAAAAGCGAAAUCCGUUAAAUUGGGUAAUGUGCAAAAAACAAAUCAAGAAUCGUGCUAUUUAGAUGAACAUACUGGCCUUUUUGUAGCAGAACGUACUGAUCUUUGUUCAAAUACUUGUACAAAUUUUGUUCAAGACUUCAAAGAGUCUUUAUGUAUCGCUCAGUAUAGGGAUAAUUAUAUUCCUGAAAACCUUAGUAGACAAUGUAUCAAUGUAAUUAAUUUUUAUUUAGGCCAAUCAUUGCGUAUUAAAACCGGAAAAUCACUCACAGAUCAUUUACAUUCAAAAGAUUUCGCAAAUAGUACCACCAAAAUAUUAAUUGCUGGAAAGGAUUAUGAAAACUCCAUGCAAGAUCGUCCUAUUAAAAAUAAAAUAACAAUACUUUCAAAUGUACUCCUAAAAGCAGGAACACCGGUGACUGAUGUUUGUCUUUUAAAAGAAGUGUCUGAUAACACUGAAAAUAUAUCGUUCAUUGCCACACAUGAAACUGAUUUACCAGAAUGCCUGAAAGGGAAGAAAAAGAAAGUCGCGAAGAAAAUAAAGAAGAAACAUACUAGGAAAGAUACGAAAAGUGAUAGAAAGAAAGAGGUUAAGAAUAAUUCAAAAGGGAAAAAAUCAGCCAGACGACGUACUUCAAUCAAAAGAAGGCGGCCUACACCAGACGAUAGUGAGUCAAGCUCGAUAUCUGCGGGUAAUGAUUUUAUGACAGUUGACACAGAUGAUGAUUAUGAAACAAUAAAUGAUUUUUACAUUUCUGAAACCCUAAGAGAACAAGAAGAUAAGGAAAAUUUUGAGCUCCCUGAUGUAAUAACCUCCUUUGGAUUACAUGAGUUUAAAUAUUUUUCUGAAAAUCAAGAAAGACUUAAAGUAAAUGACUGGAUUAUUGUUCGAUUCUCCACCAAAAAGAGUUUGAAACACUUUGUCGGUAAGGUUUUGUCGAUUAAUGGUGUAACUCCUACGGUUAAAUUUUUACGAAAAGUUAAAGAAUCUAAAUGUAAUACAGGAAUGACCUUUUCAUAUCCAACCGUUGAUGACAUUUGCAACAUACAACAUUUAGAAGAUGUUUUAACAGUUUUACCCGAGCCAACGAUUACUCGACGUGGUCAAAUUGUAUUUCAUGUAGAUCUCAGUAAUUUCAACAUACAAUAA